UGAGAAGGUUCUCAGAUUAACCCAAAAACUUGGUAGGUUAAUGGCUUUGGGGAUCUUGAAGGGCUGGAAUCUUCCCAAAGGGAAAAGCCCAAAAUAUGCAUUCGCCACCGCAAACUAGCCAUUUGACAGCUAAAGAGUAGCAACCCAAGCAGCUCAACAGGAUCCAAAUUCACAAUUCUUCCAUUAUUGAUUUUCUUUUUUCACACCCCACAAAAGCAAAAUCAAUCAUUUUCUUUCUUGUUCUUUUCUUUUCUUUCUUUAAUUUAAAACAAGAAAUAUAAGCAAAGCGAUUAAUCAACAGCUGAAUCUGCUUUUACGUUUAUCAGACGAAGGUAACCAGGUCUAACGUUCUCCUUUUCCUGCAAAGGUGAAAUCUUUAAAUUCUUGGAACAUUUUUGGAGGACUACAAGAGAAAACAGACUAAGCGUAUUUCUUGAGCAGACAGUGGCUAUGUUUGAAUUUUAGCACAAUUCUGAAAUUCUAUUUUUUAAUUUGGUUGCUGAUGUGGCCAUUGUAUUUUCUAUUAAGCAAGAUUUUUAAUGUGGAAGAAGCAGAAGCUAAACUAAAUGGUUCAGAUGGAGAUAAUGUAAACGCAGGAGAAUGUCACCCAAUUGAGGCAUCAUCGAGUGGUAGAAAAUGCCAAGAUGAUGUCUUGUGCUGUUCGCAUUUUACUGAGGUUACGCACGUAAGCCAGCUGCACUCCUGGGAUUGUGGCCUUGCUUGUGUUCUAAUGGCUUUGAAUACUAUUGGCAUCAACAAUUGCAGCAUUCAAGCCUUGGCAGAAUUAUGCUGCACAACUAGCAUUUGGACUGUUGAUCUGGCAUAUUUACUGCAGAAGUUUUCUGUUACAUUUGCCUACUUUACAGUAACUAUUGGUGCAAAUCCAAAUUACUCUGCUGAGACAUUUUACAAGGAGCAACUGCCUACUGAUCUAGUGCGGGUGGACAGGCUCUUUCAAAAAGCACGGGAGGAAGGGAUUAAUAUACAGUGCAGGUCAAUCAAUGAAAAAGAAAUUUCUCUUUUGAUUUUGUCCGGGAAAUAUAUUGCAAUUGCUUUAGUUGACCAGUACAAAUUAAGUCGGUCUUGGAUGGAGGAUUUUAUCUUAUCAGGCUUGAAUGGUAGCAACUCAAACUAUACUGGUCAUUAUGUUGUGAUAUGUGGUUAUGAUGCUGGAGCAGAUGAGUUUGAGAUUCGAGAUCCUGCCAGUUCUAGAAUGAAAUUUGGGAAAAGUGCAGGAAAAGUCAGAGGAUCUCAUCAAAAUGCUUAGAAGAAGCACGCAAAUCCUUUGGUACCGAUGAAGAUCUUCUUCUGAUAUCUCUGGAGAAGAGUGACAAGCAAAACAGCUCUUAAGUGCAACUAUCUGCAGAUGUCAAUGUUUCUCCUUGACAUCCUACUUCAAUCAAAGCACUGCUAGUUGGUUGCAUGAUUUUUUGCAUAUGUAACUAUAAUUGUGCAUAAUGUGUGUAAAGUUAUUAGUAGUCUGCUGCUGACAACAUGCAUUUGUUCAUAAAAUAGUUCUUCAAGCCAUGUUCUGAAGUGUACAAAAUGUACAUUAUCAUGUAUUGUGUAACAAUGUUAAAUUCUAUUUUUAUGUAUCAUAAAAGAGUUUCCAUCUGAAUGAA